UGUGUGUGGGAGGGAUCUGCUCACUGACAGUGCAACUCUCACUACUAGUUUGGAGCUCCAACAUUUCUUGUGUUCGCCGUCAUGGAGUCUCGGAAGGAUCGCCUCGGAUCACUGCUGUGUUUUGUGUUCGUGCUGUUUGCUCACCUGCAGCUGGCCUGGACGGGAGAUUGCCCUGCAGACGGACGCACCUGGGUGCCGUUUGGAGACAGAUGUUACCACUUUGUCCACGGAGAAGAAGACACCAUCAAAAGCUACACUUUUGUCAGAGCAAACACCCUCUGUCAAGGCUUUGAGCUUUUGACCGUCCAGAGUGCUGAGGAGAAUGACUUUAUCAUUAAAUAUAGCCCAGAGGUGUGGAAAGGAGAGGUCAGCAUGUGGCUGGGAAUGUAUUAUGACACAAACACUGAAGACAUGAAGUGGUUUGGUGAGGACCCAGUGAGAUACACCAACUGGGAGAAUGCCUUCCCAUCAGACCUCCUCCCCAUGGAAACAUGUGUUGCUCUGCACAGCAAGACUGGAAAGUGGGAAAAUGUCAGCUGCACAGAGGAUUAUGAGAACGGCGUGGUCUGUGAAACAGCACAGAAAGAGGAAGCCAAACGGAAACCUAGCGCACUGCUCUCCGCCCUGGUCAUUCUCAGCGUGGUGGCUAUCUUGGGAGUCUCAGCAGUUAUUUGGUUUGUGCACCAGAAGCACAAUCUCGGCUCCACUAUCCUCACGGCAUUCGAGCACCACCCUCCGUUCCGAGUCCUGGACAUGGACCAUACCUGCCUGGUGGAGGCUGAGGAGACCGACAGCACACCAUAACACUAACCCCUUCACUCUUCUGCUUUUUUCCACUUGCACUAACUAACAAUCAUGUGUAAAUUUCACCGACUGGUGCGUGUUCAUCACCUGCCACGGAGUGUAACAUCAGGUUAAAGUGAUUGUAUAGCAGAUACUACGGAAUGCUUCAUUAACUUUUGGGAUCGCUAUUUCUCUUUCGUAUAUUAAAAGAAACUUACUGUUGCUUUUUGAAAGAGUAAGGGAUUACAGGAAAAGCAGAGCUCUGUUUCUGUUACAAUGAUUUGCAUUCCCACAAAUGUGGGACACUAAAAAGAGGGAUGAAAAUAAGAAAGAUCAUUGUAUGCAGUGGAGAUUGAGAUUUAUUUUGUGUUUAGUUUCAAUUAUGUAAAAAUGCUGGAUUCUACACUUUAUGUAACUCAAUCAAUCAUGCUUUCAUUAUACCUUCCCUGCCUGGUAGAUGCUCAAACUCCAGCUUGUCACACAGGCUCUCUGUCAAAUUCAAUAACCUGAUCAUCUACUGAGGGUUAGUUUUAAGACAUUAGAGCCACGUGAGGAAUUAUACAAGUACGAUGAGCAUAUUGACCUUUAUUUCAAAAAUCAAAGAAGUGUCACUUUAGCCAGUAUUCUUUAAAACAGGAAUCCUCAGUCAUAAGCUAUGAAGGGCACAUUUAGAUGGAUUUAAAUCCAAACGACAGCCCGAUUUAAGUAUGAGCAGUUGCCUAUAGAUGUAGCCAAUAAGGUUAAGUUGCGUAGGCUAUAAAGCUAAUUUGUGUUUUUGAGGAAAGAUAUUCCAAAGAGAAAACUUCUCCUAAAGUAUUACUGUUAUUACAGAGACAUUCUGACUAAUAUCUGUGCAUUUGGUCAACUAGUUUGGGCACAAUGUUUUUUUUGUUGUUGUUGUUGGCCAAAAGCACACAGCUUCCCCUCUACUGUGACAAUACAGCCUGUAAGUAUGAAACUGUUGACCUCGUCUGUCACAGUAAUUCUCUCCAUCCAUAGAGUGCAUCUGUCAUUUUUGGAUUGUUUAACUGGUUAGAAGAUUCAGUGUAUGUUUUCAAAUGUGAAGUGUAUUCUUGCUCCCCUGUGAAAUACAACCUUGGUAUUAUUUUUUUUUAGAAAGUUAUAAAUAAAUCGUCCCGUGAAUGAUUCACGACAAUCAGA